CUGCCAGGAAGCGGAUCCCCACUCAUCGGCGCGACUUGGCCUGCUGUGUUCAUCCAGCCUCACAUUUUGUUGUCUUGGAUUCUCCAGCAUCUGCAGUUCCCAUUAUCUCUUGACUUCGCUGUACCUUGUUUCAUUUACGCCUUUGCUCUUACUGUAUCCGUUUCAGCCUGCACCGCCAGAGUGUGCACCCAUGGCUACCCUUCAACCAGACAACAGCCAGCUGCCCCAAGAAGAAGUUUCUAGAACUCCUGUUGAGGAUACAGAUCCUAGUAUUCCUUCAGAAACGAUUGAAAAAUAUCCCAUUCAAGCUACAGAUCACGGUGUUUCCACUAAAGGUGUUUCAGAUCUCCUUGUACAGGAUACAACAACUGUUAACCUGGAACAUUUAACUUCAAAUCUUCAAACGACAAGACAGCCUGAAGAUAGUGACAGCCGACACACUGAAGGAGAAUGUUUAUCAGAAGAAGAUGUGAAAGACAGUAAAUCGUGUACAGACUGUUCAGAAACUACUUAUAAAAAUUCAUCGUUGUGCAUCUCUCCUCCUUGUAUUGGUGACUUGAUGAAUGAUGAAGAUUUAUUGUACACACUGAAGUUAAAGUUGGAUCCAUACCACCCAACAAUCAAAAACUGGAGGAACUUUGCCAGCAAAUGGGGCAUGACCUAUGAUGAACUUUGCUUUUUGGAACAGAAACAACAGAGCCCUACCUUGGAGUUUUUGUUGAGGAACAGUGAACAAACAGUAGCACAGCUAAUUGACCUGUGCAAAUUUUACAAGAGGGUGGAUGUAUUAAAAGUACUGGAGACAUGGGUGGAGAAAGAGUGGCCAAAACAGUGGCAUACAAAAUCAAGUAAAGCUUGAAAAAAAUCAAGAAUUUGUAGUACAAUUUCCAGUUGUAAUCAUUUCACUUACAAUUCAGUUUUUUUCAGUCAACUUACAUUCAAAUUCUGUCAUAGAUUGAGAGAGAUCUCCUGAAAGUUCUGAAGUUUUAGAGAUAUAAGUUUUGUGAGAAAUUUAUGGAUGACAAAAUGGAAAGAAAUUGAGUAAGCACUAAAAUGUUUGAAAAAAAUCUGUGUAUAUUUAUGUGUGCCUGUUUUUUUUUCCACUCUGUCUUUCUCCACAGCUGCCUUGUUCUUCAUUGUACAUGUAGUUCAUUGAAACAACAGGACAUUUCAAACGCAGAAAUUUUGGUAAGGGUGAAUAUUUUUGUUUGGGAAAACUUGUGGAUCUUGAUGGAAUCAAAUGUUAUGUUUUAUUUCAAAUUCUGCCUUUAAAGUUUUUUUUAAAAUCAAAACCCAAAGGUUUGAGAGUACAUUUAAUUAAACUGCUACUUUAUGUCAGUAGAAAUCUUUUGGUCCCACAGAAGUGGCAAUAUAGCUUAGGCCUGGCUUAUGGAAAAUUAGGGGAUUCCCUGAACAUCUCCAUAAAUGGUGCAACUGUGAGGCAUUAUCUUUUUUCUUGAGAAUCUUGUACUUUUGGGGGAGUCAAUUUACUCCUGAAGACUAGCUCACAUAGUAAAAUACUGCAGUCUGAGGAGUUCUUUUGGCUACUGAAAGAUAUUCCAGAAUUCUAAACUACAUCUAUUCUUGUCUCAAACCAUUGGUGCUCCAGCCAAAAGAAGUGAAUGAUAUCCAAACUGUAUGAAUGAGCCUGAGUUCGUCCAGUCACAAUGAUAUUUUAAAAUUUUCAAUAGCCAUUUAGAUUUGUUUAAGAAUUUUCCUAAACCACAAGCCUACUGGUUCUUUGAAACUAAAGUUUUCAUGAGCAAGCAAGAGUUGCCUGAAAGCAUGGCUGAGGUCAGAACAUUAAAUUAAUUUAAUAAGCAAUAGCUAUUGUAACACAAUAAUGGAUUCCUAAUUCUGGAAGAAUGUGAUCAAAUGUAAUUCAUUCUAGUCUGUGAUUGUAUAUGCUAAUCUGGAUGGUCAUAUUAACCUUUUUAAUUAUAU